AUGUUCUUCUACAUCUCCUUCCUGCGGCCCCCGGCGACCCAGUCAUUUCCGUCGGGUUCAAUAGCCAUCACACCGCAAGUUGCGAACGACCUGCGAACAGAGCCUUUUGACGGCGCGCAAGACAUCUACUACUCGUGGUCACUCGCCGACCCCAACCGCGCGGAUCCAUAUCCAAGUGUUACAACUCCCCAAAAGUUGACAGUUUGGCGGCAGAACAGCGCGUACAAGGAGAUCCCAGUUCCGCUGCCCCAGGGUGGAAGACCGCACAUCAUCAACCUUGCCGCACACGACCUCGGAGCCAGGCCCUUUCCCGUGUUGUCUAUGCCAAUACUGCUCAGUUCGCGAGGGCGAACGGUGGAGAAGCAGGAGCAGAUUGAACGAGUGUACCGGGUCCCAUUGCAGACCGGUGAAAAUAGAUUUUUGACCGUGCGAGAGCAGACAUCGUUUGACUUGGACAAGAAAAUAUGGGACAGCGGCAUCGGACUUAGUUCAUGGCUCGUUCAACUAGCACAAAACCCCCCUGCAGCUGGUGGAGAGCACGAUCUGGUGUCGCGUGCGCGCGACGCCCUCAUGUCUCCGGAGAGCCGUAAGAUCCUUGAGCUCGGGGCCGGCACGGGAAUUGUUUCCCUGACUCUCGGUGCUCUACGUUCGGGAACGUCGAAGGACAACGGCGGGUGUAUUCUUACCAGUGACCUCGAUUCGGCGAUGCCGCUCCUUGCUCACAAUAUUUCGGGUAACGGAGGGUCAUUUGAAGCAAAACACACGCGACCCUGCCCUUUGGUCCUGGACUGGGACAACGAAGAGCUUCCAGAGGAGGUGUGCGCCGUCGACUCCGGUUUCGAUGUGCUCAUCAUGGCAGACGUGACGUACAACGUGGCCUCCUUCCCCUCAUUGGUCCGGACGCUAUCCUCUCUCAUCCGGUUGAGUCCACCGUCCAAUCCCCCGAUGAUUAUAUUGGGUUAUAAGCAGCGCGACUCCGCUGAAAGAAGUUUAUGGGACCUGGCCAAGGAAAUCGGGGUAGCGUUCGAACAGGUUGGGGACAGAGUCGGCGCUGGAGGCCAGCCGAUAGAGAUUUGGAUCGGACGACAAGAGCCGGAUGCCUGA